AUGGAUAAGUUCGCCGAAUCCAUAUUUCAUGGGUUUGAGAAGAGCAGGGAGCCGAUAGAGAUUCAGUUGACCCCCGGCUUGGCACCCGGGGAGUGUCUUUUCCAAGGGGCGGUAGGCGUCUCUAAAGGUUUCCUGCGAAUCUCAAUUCUCCUCUACGGCAUCGUGCAGACGAUUAUGAAAGAGGACCACACCAGCAUGACCGAGCCCGAGCGGGUGUUUUUCACGGAGUGGUGGCUGGAAAGCGUGCUGAUGUUGCCGGCGACGUUUACCGUCAGGGCUGCCCAUGAAUACUCGUGGCGAAGCAUGCAACUGGCCCACCAGGCAUCCCUCCGCGAGAGAAAGAACUUGCUUCAGACAGCACUCAAGUUCCAGGAACGGGCUGUCUCGCUCAUGGAAGAGAAUCCGGGAUGGAGCCUCGAACAUGCCCUCAACGAAGCCAUCGGCGAAUACAAUUGCUACGGCCUGGCGGCGCAAAGUGCUCAGUACCGGCUCGCGGAGCGAGAGGGCUUUGCUUUGAAGGCUUUGGUCUUCGGAGUCUCACAAGGCUCGCAGCAGAUGAUGGCUCGCCACUUGCAAGCGAACACUUGGGCCCAGAACCAGAGAUGGCUAAUUGGCUCAACCGGAAAAUCCCCGAACCCUUGGUGGCAAGCAGUGGAAACAGUUACUGCCGCAAAGCAGGAAUUGUUCUUGGAGCGUCUGCUGUUCACUUUCGGAGUUCGUAAGAAGCAAUGCCGGAAUGCAAGCACAGCCAGAAUCAGUGGUGAAGCCUGGGAACAACUGCUCGAGACCACCUGCCUUCUCUUCCAGAUCCUGGAGGACAUGUGGACGUCGAAGGACGCCAGCGGCGACGCGAUCUUCAAGGAGGAGGACCUCGUGAAAGCGAGACGCCGCGGCGUCGAGGGGGACUACAACAGCGAGCUGCAAAACCUCGUCACCGCCAAGAUGCCUGUCGUGCUGUCCGACACAGCCCUCUGGAAGGACCAUCUGCCCUCCCAGGCAAGCUCCCAGCACGGCGGCACUGGAUCCUCGGCAAUUCAGGCGUUGGACUUGGAAUGCGUUCAGAAGGCAUUUGCUGCGGACCUGCUGAAGUUGAGCGAGGAUCAAUCGUUAUUCUCGGACUACCAACAGAGGAUUGGGGCAGGUGAAAGGCAGAAGGCUUUGGCAAAGGUUUUGCGACUGAAGUCGGAGAACCGCAGAGGGUCCCAACUGGUCGUGGACUGGAUGGAGAGAAAUGCUAAGCAUGCUGCCACCUCCUACGCAGAACAGCAUGUGAACAUCAUCGAGUUCAUCAAAGAGAUCGGGCCGGCGGGCGUGAUCGUAUGGUGCGAUUUCACCAAAUGUGGGGCGUUGCAGCAGGACACCCUGGAUGAAGCAGCGGAAGAACUUCGGCGCAUUGAAGACAAAAUGGACGCCAAGUCAUUGACGUCCAUUCGGUUUUCGAUACGCAUGGAUUCCCAUGGUCACGGCAACCGACGACUCCCGCUGCUCUUCCCUGCACUUUUCGCAUGCAGCGACGGUGCCACGAAGAACGUCUUUGCCAACAGCAAGAUGCUUGUGACAGAGUGA